AAAAAAAUAAUGAAAUAAACCAAAUUCGUUACUUUACCGACCUUGAGACGACAACGUUUGCUGCAUUUGUUUCUUCAUUCUUAAUUUUCUGGCUUGAGCUCGGCGAUAUUCUUGCAACAAACAUUUCUUCGACUUUUCGGCAAAAUCUCCAGCUCCUCUGUUGGUAUUCAAGAAAAAAAAAAGAGUAUGCAGAAAAUGGCACAGGGUUGGUUUUCGGGUGGUAGUAGCGAAGAUCAACAGCAAAAACCCGCAUCAUCUCUAUUGGCAGAUUGGAACUCAUACGCCGCUUCGCGAGAUACUAAUGAGAGCACUGGAUCAAGCAUUGGGUUCGAUCUUGAAGCCGCUGUCCGUUCCGCAAACGACUCCGUUACGGGCACCUUCAAUGUGGUGUCUAAAGGAGUGAGAGAUAUACCUGGCAAUUUCCAGUCUGCCACCAGCAACAUUCCUUCAGGAAAAGCUCUCAUGUAUUUUGGUUUAUUUCUUGCAACUGGAGUGUUCUUUGUUUUCAUUGCAUUUGCGAUGUUCCUGCCUGUCAUAGUACUGAUGCCCCAGAAAUUUGCAAUAUGUUUUACACUCGGAUGUGUCUUCAUCAUUUCAUCAUUUCUGGCACUCAAGGGUCCCAAGAAUCAAUUUGUUCACAUGACAUCCAAAGAGAGACUUCCUUUUACAUUGGGAUUCAUAGGCAGUAUGGUGGGUACUAUAUAUGUCUCAAUGGUGCUUCACAGCUAUAUUCUUUCUGUGCUUUUCUCCGUAAUACAGGUUCUUGCACUUGUAUAUUAUUGCAUUUCCUACUUCCCUGGUGGGUCUGCUGGAAUGAAAUUCCUCUCCUCUUCCCUUGUAUCAUCAGUGAUGAGAUGUUUUGGGAGGUGAAGUAAAUUUUCAAUCUGUUUAUGAUUACUUUUGUAAAUUUUGUCAACCCUCUCCCCCUUUUCUUCUGUUAGUUUUUAUUUUCUUUCCCCUAUUUAGAUCUUACUAAUGCUACUUGGAAACUUGGAGUGAUGAGAGAUUUUUCUUACUAGCAGCUUUAAAACUAAUGCUGGCAUGUAUUAUUAUUAUUAUUUUGGUUACUUAGAGGUCUUGAUUUGAACAAACCAUAUUAAAUUAAACUUAUUUUAUCAUUUUAGUUAAA